AUGUCGAAAGCUACGUUCGCUAUCAUCGCCGCCGCCGGUGUAGCUACAGGCGCCGGCGUUACUGCUCUGAUAUAUUCCUCCAGCUCGUCUCGUCACCAGCCUCAUCAAGUCCCGGCUCGAAGCUCUCCUCCACCUCCUCCAGCAGCUUCACCUAUUGCUACAGCCGCUCGAGUUCCAUCCCCUGCGCUUCCUACGCGCUACUCGGACGCGCCAGUUGAUCCCACGGGGCUCUUCCAAUAUGGCUUCCCAGGCCCAGUCUCGGAUGAGGUCAACAGCCCUUCUCUGACAGCCGGCUUUGACCGUCGAACCCGCAAUCCAGCAUGGGUAGCCGAGCAUAUAACUCCUGAAUCAUUAGCUCAGAGAGAUGGAGAUCGAUCCCACAGCCAAUUUUAUGAAGAGGAGAGCAUCCCGGCUGCGUUCCGCGCGCGAUUGAGUGACUACUACCGCUCCGGAUAUGACAGAGGCCACCAGGUCCCCGCAGCCGACGCCAAAUGGAGCCAGGAAGCAAUGGACGCUACCUUUUCGCUGGCAAACAUGUGUCCACAGGUCGGAGAGGGCUUCAACCGUGACUACUGGGCGCACUUUGAAGACUUCUGCCGCAGACUGACACAUAGAUAUCCCUCCGUUCGCAUCGUUACUGGACCGCUCUAUCUGCCCAAACGGGACCCCGCAGAUGGAAAGUGGAAAGUCAGCUAUGAAGUGAUUGGCAACCCUCCCAACGUCGCUGUGCCCACCCAUUUCUACAAGGUCAUCUUUGCCGAAGACGGGAAUGGAGAAUACGGGAAAGUCAGCCUGGGAGCUUUCGUGCUUCCCAACGCUAAGAUCCCGAAUGAGAAACGACUGCAGGAUUUCGAGGUGCCGUUGGAAGCUAUCGAGCGUGCCAGUGGGCUUGAGUUCGCUAGCAAAUUACCCCCUUACAGACGUGGUGUUCUCUGCCAGGAGGUGAAGUGUGAUAUCACAGUUCGCGAGUUCAAGAAAGCAAGUGACAGGAAGAGCUUGCCUCAGCGAUAA